AAGACCAAGAAAAAUAGCUGCGAAAGUAGUAACUCAUCGAAUUCUUCUGAAAUGUUCAUGCCUGACCUGGUAGAUGGAAUUGCUAACAAAACAAGCUUAAAAACGCCACCUAGGACAAGGAAUAAAUUUGCAACAUUUUUACAGAGAAAAAAUGAAGAAAGUGGUGCAGUUGUGGUUCCAGGGACCAGAAGCAGAUUUUUUUGCAGUUCUCUGGAUUCUGCCGACUAUGUAUCAAAGAAAGCUAGCAGCCAACCUCUAGAUGAAACUGCUGUUACAGAUAAAGAGACCCAUCUAAAUGAAUCAGAUUGUCUAGACCUAGAAGGCAAGAAGCAGGUUGAUACAAAUGUAGCACAUAAUUCAAGUGAUCGGAUUCCAGAGGAUGUAGCAGUGUUCCCUGAUGAGGAGUCUCAGUCUUUUAAGACCAGCAGAUUCACAAGGACCAUUUCACUACCCACUUUGGGGACACUAAGAAGUUGUUUUAGUUGGUCUGGAAGUCUUGGAGAUUUUUCAAGAACUCCCAGCCCCUCUCCGAGCACAGCAUUGCAGCAGUUCCGAAGAAAGAGCGAUUCCCCCACCUCUCUGCCUGAGAAUAAUGUGUCUGAAAUAUCUCAGUUAAAGAGUGAUGCGUCAGGUGAUGGGUCUCAUUCCUUAUGUGAAGUGGGUUGCUCCUCACAGUCCCAGGAAAGCAUAGAAUUGUCACCGCACAGUUCAAAUGCAUCCAGACUUUCUCAGCCUUCUAGUAAGGAUUCUGAUUCAGAG